AUGCGAGCGCAGGAUAUUUCGGGCGGAGGCGAGACAAAGUGGCUGGAGCCAGUAUUUGUCCUCGGCACUCCUCUAAUGGUGUAUCAUUUACUCCGAGGUUAUAAAGCUGCCACUGUGAUCCUCGUAUCACAUGCAGCAGAUUCACGUUGCCCUAGCAUUUAUGAAAUGAGUAAAGACGACUGCGAGGGCUACAGUGAUUAUCCGAUAACUUGUGAAGAUGAUUCUGACUGUAUGGAAGUAUCACAUGCAGCAGAUUCACGUUGCCCUAGCACUUCUGGAAUGAGUAAAGACGACUGCGAGGGCUUCAGUGAUUAUCCGAUAAUUUGUGAAGAUGAUUCUGACUGUAUGGAAGGAAGGCUAUAUACAGAAACCAGCAGGCAUAUGAAACCGCAACAUAAAUUUCCAUGUGCUAACAGCGGAAGUGAUAAGACCUAG